CACUGCUUAAGCAACACCCACCCCUCGCCCGUGCACGAUGAUGGAACCCUAUGUCGAUCCGGCCGCUCGAAGUCCUUCAACUAUAUUCCCGCUAGAUAGCGCAGCCUUUGAUAUCUCUUCGAUGCCAGAGGAGGAACUUAUAGCAUAUGGCAAAGUUGCUCCAGUUCUUUACUCGAUUGCGCGCAUGAAAGUCGUACGACUGUCCAAAACUCUGGUCAUGAAAUUUGGGACCACUGUUCUAGCCUCAGAAGGGGAGACUAUGAGAUACGUCGCAACGAAGUUUUCGGGAGUUAGGCUGCCUCAAGUCUAUCGUUGUUUCAACAUUGAUCAUUCCUCGUCAUAUUUUGGUGUCGAAGGCUACAUAGUCAUGGACUAUAUAGAGAGUCCUUCCCUGGACACAUGUUGGGACGAACUCACUCUCGAUGUCCAGAAAAGUGUGGCUGAACAGGUUGCGGCUAUGGUUGAUCAGCUACAAUCUGUACACUGCGAUCAUCCAGGCGUUAAUGGCGGAGGAAUAUCCCGUGGCAUGUGGUUCAGUGACUAUGGCGCAGGACCGUUUCCGACGAAAGACGUAUUUCAGAAGUGGAUUACCUGGAAACUCAACAUGAGCAAGCGUUACAAGCAAGCCUCGCCGGAUGCUCUACCUCUACAGUGUCCUUACUUUGUCCUCGUUCAUGGAGAUCUCAGCCCUCGAAACCUCAUUCUAGACACCAGCAACCAGGUCUGGCUGAUCGAUUGGGGUUGUGCUGGCUUUUAUCCUCCAAUAUUCGAGGCUGCCUCUGCGAAAUACCAACCAAGAUUCAAAUCGUUCUCCCGGCUACUUGUACCGCUUCUUUACAACCAUCCUGAGGAGCUAGCGCAGCUCGAGGACUGCAGCUAUGGCAUCAAUCGCGUUCCCUUUUCGCUCCCACCAGAGAUGGAAUUGGAAAGCAAGGUAAAUUCUUAGGGAAGCAGAAAUAACAUUGAAUGUUCUGGAAUUGUCGACUGAGAGAAAGAAAUGUCCAAUGAUUAAUCACCAAAAAUGAAGCAUUCCUCUGGUUUCCCUACAAAUACAGUGCGCCUGCUGCCUAAUCCAAAUAUCCUCUAUCAACCAAUGCAGAAGAACAUUCCCUAGACGCGUUAGAUUGAGUAGAUUAGAAGCUGUGUUGUAUACAGUUUGAUGCUCUGGCGAAGUGGUUCGGUCUCUUAAGCGGAGGUGGUGGAGGAGGUAGUGGUGGUGGCGGAGGAUUCAUUGACGCUGCUAUGCAUGCAAUUGGGUAUUGAGCUUUCAGACAGAGGAUUUUAAUCAACAAGAGCGGGUACUGCAAUCCAGAGGUUUCAUCUAGUGUAGUCUCUCUUGCGGCGCUUGUUGGGGCGUAUAGUGGUUUUAACCUAGAAAUAGGCACUACAUUAUGAAUCU